AGUUAUAUACACAAGUAAAAUGGCUUAUAUCCUAAGCAAAACUCCUAUUUUAUAUCGAGCUGCUUACUACAAGAAUAUCAUCACUGGUCCUUUUGCAAAAGUCACAUGUGCGAAGAAUUAUGGAUAUUUCUCUCCUGUUAAAUCUGAUACCUUAAUAGAAAAAAGAUUUAGACUAAAAGAUAAUAUAGCUGAUGAUUACAAGCUGAUAUACAGAGAACAUAAUGCUGUACGUGUACUAAUCACUUGUUCAUAUUAUACUGGAUGGAUUAGUCUUUUGGCUGGAGUAAUUAUUGUUGGAUACUUGCUUAUUGAAAAUCCACCAUUAGACUCGAAAGAAGUAGAAGAUUUAUUUGGCAUAAUAAAAUUUGAGAAUGAACUUAGUAGACUGCUUGUAGCAAGUAGCGGUAUAAUUCUACCUAUCAUAUUCAUAAGAUGUAUCAGAAUAAUACCAUUUAGAAUUUAUUAUAGCUCUUUACAAAAGUUAUACAAAGUUAUAUUUGUACCCAAUAUACUAUAUAGAAAAAAAAAUAUCGAAACAUUUGGUGAAGGCUGUGCUGUAUCUAUAUUUAAUCGUUUUAAUUUUCUAGCAGAUACAUUUUUUAAAAUCAAUGGUCGUAUUGUUAUGCUAGAUAGAGACUAUUUUACAGUACAAGCUAUACGUGAAAAGAUGAUAUAUAGAACCAAGUAAAACUUUAUGUAUUUUCACAUUUAUUUGUUUCAUCUAUAAAUUCUACCUAUUACAUAUAAUUCAUCGUCAGUUUCAUCUAUAAACAAAUAAAAAUAAUAAAACCAAGAAAACAUCUCUGCGCUACAGAAAUAUAUGCAUGUAUCCAUACAAAAUAUAUCUAUGUACAUAAUUA